AGCUAUUCUGACUGUUGUCAUUUCUUAAAGGAAAAGCCGAGUGCAUAAUCUGACUCGUGGUUUUAUGAGGAUUACACGAAUUUACGCGGAAAGUUAACUUGUUUUUGACUAGUUUGCUAAAAAUCUGGUUAGAAACCAUCACGACCUCUUCUCAUGUGAUCAGAGCGAGGGAUGUUGCUGGAGGUCAUUAUGGGACCAGCUGAGCCAUGGCCAACAUUCAGAUCCGAAAGUACCGGCAUGAGGACUCUGAAACCGUAAAGGAGCUCUUCACCUCAGGGAUGAAUGAGCACUUGCCUUCGUCCUUCGUGCACGUCCUGAAACAGCCGCUGACCCAGAUGUUCCUCAUGGUCACGUUCUGCGCCCUCAUUACCAGCUCCCAGUCCUUCCUGCUGCCCGUCCUGGCCGUCACCCUCCUCCUGGCCGGAGUCCGGCAGAUGAUCGUCUACAUGUUCAACCAAUACAUAGACGCGUCUUUGAAGAAUGACCUCAAUGACAUCAGCGAGACCUACCUGCGGAAGAAUAAUUCGUGCUUCUGGGUGGCUGAAAGCGACGGUCAGGUGGUCGGGACGGUGGCGUGUCUCCCUGCCGAGAAUAUGCCCGAGUUUUUGGAGCUGAAGCGCAUGUCGGUGCGGCGCAGUCACCGAGGGAAGGGAAUCGCUAAGAGUCUGUGUCGGACAGUGGCGGAUUUCACUAGGGAGAGAGGUUUCCCUGCCGUCAUCCUUUACACGUCUAUGGUCGCUACCGACGCUCAAAAACUGUAUGAACACAUGGGUUAUAAGAAGAUGAGGCAGUUUCCUAUACCAGAGUUUUUUGCGAAAAUCAUCAACUUCACUCUGAUUGAGUACAGACUUGAUUUAGAGGAAGAGAAAUAAAGCUAGUGAAA